AUGGCUAAGCUAUCGGCCGAUGAGGCUAAAAUGUGCGCCCUGAUCGCGCCGGACUAUGAAGUAGAUCAGAGUGGGUUGCUAUUUCUCUGUCCGCGAUCGAACACCGAGGUUGACGAUCGUACCGAACUGGCUCGGUUGGUGGUACCAGAACAGUUACAGCAAGAUUUCUUGCACCACUACCAUACCAGUUUGGAGGGUGGUCACCAAGGAAUCGGCCGUACAUAUCAACGGAUCAGGACGAAUUUCCACUGGCGUGGAUUGUACCGGAGCGUGCAGCGCUAUGUGGGAGAAUGUGUGGAUUGUGAAACAGGAAAGGGACGACCGGUGGAUCGAGGUGGAUCACCUGGUAAUAUGCAGUUGACGUACCCUUUUCAGAUUAUAGCUAUGGAUCACAUCCCUUCGUUGCCAAGAUCUGUCAAAGGGAACACCGAGCUGUUGCUCUGGGUCGAUUUGUUCUCGGGAUACGUGAUCGCAAAGGCAAGCUCGUCCAGAUCAGCCCAGACGAUCGCCGAAAGUUAUGGGGAGUAA